UGUACCGCCUUCAACAACUCCCUUGCUCAUUACCGCCUCUUUCUCUCUCUUUUAGUCUUUCUCUUUCUCUCUCUCAACCGCCUCUUAAAAAUGGCCCUGUCCAUGGUUUUAUGGUGUUAGCCUUUAGCCCUCCUCUCUCUUUCUCUCUCUCUUAUAAAUCUCCAAGCCCUCUGUUUUGUUCUUCUUGUUUCAUUGUGAAAGAAAAGAAUGAGUAAAGAGGAGUUCUUGAAGAUCCAGACGUGUGUGCUGAAAGUUAACAUUCAUUGUGAUGGAUGUAAGCAGAAGGUAAAGAAGCUGUUGCAAAAGAUAGAUGGGGUUUAUACGACCACCAUUGAUGCGGAACAGGGGAAGGUGACGGUCUCAGGCAAUGUAGAUCCGGCAACUCUGAUCAAGAAGUUGGCCAAGUCAGGAAAGCAUGCAGAGUUGUGGGGUCAGAAGGCAAAUCCUCUCGCUGCCCAAUUUCAAAAAUUGCAACUGGACAACAGCAAGGGCCAAAAAGAUGCGAAAUCUCAAAAGGGUGGUAAAGAUCAGAAAGGCCAGCUCCAUCCGCAGCAGCAGCAGCAACAACAACAACUACUACAGCAGCAGCAGCAGCAGCAGCAGCUUCUGCAGCAGCAUCACCAGCUGCUGCAGCAACAGCAGCUCCUACAGCAGCAGCAGCAGAUGGCGAAGGGGCUGAAGGACGUGAAGUUCCUUCCCCCUCAGUUUAAAGACAUGAAGAUGCCGUUCAAGGACCCCAAAUCCGUCAAGUUCAAUGUGCCGGAGGAAGACGAUUUUGAUGACGAUGAUGAUGACUACGAUGACUACGAUGAUGAGGAUGAUGAUUUUGAUGAUUUUGAUGACGAGGAGUUGGAGGCCAUGAAAAAUAUGAAGCCGCAGAAACAAGUGAAUGGGGGACAGGCCAUGACUGGUAACCAGCACGGCGUUAACGAGUGUGGAGGGAAGAAGGGCGGAGAGAGUGGCAAAAAGGGUGGUGGUGGCGGUGGAGAUCCUAAUGCCCAAAACAAAGGGGGUCAUGUUGAUGCUAAAAACGGUGGUGGCGGUGGUAAAAAGGGUGGAAACAAUCCGGAUCAAGGGAAUGCUGGCAAAAAUGGUGGCAAAAACGUUGGAUUUAUUGAUGUAAAAACAAGUGGUGGUGGUGGUGAUGGCAAUGGCAAGAAUAAGAUGCCGAAUGGUGGUGGCAAUGGUGGUGGUAAGCCCCAAAAUUAUGGCGGUGGGGCUAAUAACGGGGGCAAGAAGGGUGGGAAAAACGAAGUUGGUGGUGGCGGUCACCAUAUGAAUGGUGGUAUGGGCCAUGGUUUUCACAACAUAGAAGUUACUCGCGGUGCUCAUGGUGCUCCUGGUGGCGUUGCCCAUGUUGGUGGGGUCGUUGGUGGAGGUGGUGGCGGCGGGCUUCCGAUGGGCGGUUUUCCGGCCAGUCACGGCGUACCUGCCAUGAUGAACGCCGGCGGAUACUUUCAAGGAGCGACGCCGGAGUCGUUGGCAGGGAACCCUUACUACCAACAGUACCUGGCCAUGAUGAACAACCGGCAGCAGGUGGCCGCGAACGAGCGGUAUCUCCAAAUGGCUUACAGUCGGCCGCCGGCGGCAGCAUUCGCCUACCAGCCACCGCCCUCCGAGUCGGCCGAGUACGCCACCCAUUUCUUCAGCGACGAGAACGCCAACAGUUGCUCCAUCAUGUGACCAACCGGGUUGUCCAUAACCCGGUUCGUCCUCUGGGACGAACCGGUUAGCUGCUGUUGGCUUGGUGGCCUGAUGUUUGGAGCAGACGGGAAUUGGGUCUGUUUGGUACAAAAAUGAAUGGGAAAAUGGUUUCGUUUUUUUGUUCACUUUACUUUUCUAGCUAGCUCUUGGGGGUUGGAGUAUAUUUUUAUUAUUACCAAGUAUAUCAAUGUCAAUAUUUAUAUAGAAAAAAUGGUGAAGUACUGAAGUCA